CAGUGAGCUGCGAGGAGCCGGCGCCCCGUGCCGCGUCAGCCCGUCCGCCCGCCGCCGUCUGCGGGUACGCGCCGCGCGCCGCUCGCGGAGCAUCUCCCGGCCGCGCACCUGUCCCUGCACCUGCCCGCCGCCCGCCCGGCGCCCCGGGACCGCCCGCCGCAGUCGGGCCCGGGCGCAGCGCCGCGGAGGGAGGGCCGCCGGGCGGGCCGGGCCGGCGCGGCGAUGAUGCACAGGUUCCGAAAGUGGCUGUACAAACCCAAGAGGUCGGACCCGCAGCUGCUCGCCCAGUUCUACUAUGCUGAUGAGGAGUUGAACCAGGUGGCCGCCGAGCUGGACAGCCUGGACGGGAGGAAGGACCCACAGCGGUGCACGCUGCUCGUCAGCCAGUUCCGCUCCUGCCAGGACAACGUGCUGAACAUCAUUAACCAGAUCAUGGACCUGUGCAUCCCUCAGGACCGCGCCCCGCGGGACUUCUGCGUCAAGUUCCCCGAGGAGAUCCGGCACGACAACCUGGCGGGCCAGCUGUGGUUCGGAGCCGAGUGCCUCGCCGCCGGCUCCAUCAUCAUGAACCGGGAGCUGGAGAGCAUGGCCAUGCGCCCGCUGGCCAAGGAGCUGACCCGCAGCCUGGAGGACGUGCGGGGCACCCUCCGCGACCAGGCGCUGCGGGACCUCAACACCUACACGGAGAAGAUGAGGGAGGCGCUGAGGCACUUCGACGUCCUCUUUGCCGAGUUCGAGCUGAGCUACGUCUCGGCCAUGGUGCCGGUGAAGUCCCCCAGGGAGUACUACGUGCAGCAGGAGGUCAUCGUGCUGUUCUGCGAGACCGUGCAGAGGGCCCUGGCCUUCGGGUACCUGACCCAGGACAUGAUUGACGACUACGAGCCGGCCCUCAUGUUCACCAUCCCCAGGUUGGCCAUCGUGUGUGGCCUCGUGGUCUACGCAGAUGGACCCCUGAACUUGGACCGCAAGGUGGAAGACAUGUCCGAGCUGUUCCGGCCCUUCCACACGUUGCUGCGGAAAAUAAGGGAUCUGCUGCAGACCCUGACUGAGGACGAGUUGCACACGCUGGAGAGGAGCCUCUGCAUCUCGCAGGAUGUGGAGUUCCCCAUCCAGGCCGCCGGGCCGGUGCCACCCGCCCUGGCGCCGGCCUUCCCUGCGCCCCUGCCCCCCGAGGAGCUGCUCCCCGCCAAGGCCAAGAACCCGGAGGCGGAGCUGGCCUGCUCCAUGCAGUACGACGACCAGGAGCUGGAGCAGCUCAACCGCAUGGUGUGCCGGGCUGGGGACGCCAUGUCGUGCCUGCUGUCCCCGCCCAGCGCCUGCCAGUCCCCCGCACGCAGGCCUGGGGCUGAGGGUAGCCCCCAGGCCGUGGCCUCCCCAGGCGGCAGGCUGCGGCAACAGGGCAGCGAGGAGGAGGAGGGGAGGGUGUUCUUCAUGGAUGACGUGGACGGGGCAGCAGAGACCCCGGGCGGCCCGUCCGGGUGGACAGGCGGCCCCCGCGCUGAGCCCCGGGAGAGAGGGCAAGGCAAGCAGGCGGAGGUUGACGUGCCGGCCACCCCGAAGGAGGAGGAGGACGUGAGCAACAACAACAACGUCCCAGACGGCAAGGCGUGGGCGGCGGGCCCCAACUCCUGCAGCUGCCUGGACGCCCCGCCGCACCUGGACGGCUGGGGGGCGACGGCGGAUGAUGCGGAGGCGGCCGAGGUGAUUGCCCACCGGACGGGCGGCAUGAAGCUCUCGGCCACGGUCAUCUUCAAUCCCAAGUCGCCUGGCUCGCUGGACGGCUCCGGCCCCGCCCCAGAAGGCUCCAGGAGCGACCUCUCCCCGUCAGAGCCCGAGGCCGGGGGGACGGAGGGCGGCUCCCACGAACUCAGCGCCGCGGCCACCAGCUGCCUCCUCAACUCCUGUGUGUGCUGUGGGGGCUGCGGGAGUGGCCGGGAGGACACGGCCGAGAGCCUGCAGGACCAGCACGGCCCGGGGGGCGUCAUCGGCGCCCCCUCUGUUGGCGCAGCCAAGGCCGGUGCCAAGGGCACGGCCAAGGGACUGGAGGAGGCCUGGCCUGCCCUGGAGACGCUGCCCGUGGGCACCCCAGCCCCCCUGCCCUCAGAAGGCACCCCCGACAGCCAGGAGCCCAAAGCCCCUGCUUCCAACAAGUGCCUGGCCCCCUCCUCAGGGCCCCCGGUGGAUGCAGCAGACACGCCGCACAGAGGUGGCGAUGGUGGUCAGCAAGAGGCGCCUGAGGCCGGGACGCAGGGCCCCGGGCAGCACACAGAGGCCAGGGAGGGGCGCCGGCGCCUGUCUGGGUCCAGCGGCUCCGCGGCCGGGGCCUGCCCCUCCGACGAGACAGCGGCCGAGGCCGUCCCUGCGGCCGCGAGGGAGAAGAUGCGAUCCCGCUUCCACAGCAGCCAUGACCUGAUCCACCGCCUCUUCGUCUGCAUUUCAGGCGUGGCUGACCAGCUGCAGACCAACUACGCCAGUGACCUGAGGAGUAUUCUCAAGACCCUCUUUGAGGUCAUGGCCACCAAGCCAGAAAUGGACGACAAGGAGAAAUUAAAGAAGGUCACCCAGGCCCUGCGGAGCGCAGCCUUGGAGGACUGCGCCCUGUGCCAGGAGACCCUGUCGUCGUCCGAACUCUCGGCCAAGACCCGAGAUGGGGACUUGGAAGACCCGCCGGAGUGGGUCCCGGACGAGGCCUGCAGCUUCUGCACCGCCUGCAAAGCGCCCUUCACGGUCAUCCGCAGGAAGCACCACUGCCGCAGCUGCGGGAAGAUCUUCUGCUCCCGCUGCUCCCCGCACUCAGCCCCGCUGCCCCGCUACGGGCAGGUGAAGCCGGUCCGUGUGUGCACGCACUGCUACAUGUUCCACGUCACACCCUUCUACAGCGACAAGGCGGGCGUCUGACCCGCACCAGGCGCUCCUGCGCCCUCCAGGGCCUGGAGGGUCGCCCGGGAAGGCUGCCCACACUCCCCACCCUCCACCCAGAUGCUGGUGCCUGGAGGGUGUUCACUGCAUUUCAUCAGCUGCUGCCGCCACCGCGGAGACUCCCAAACAUCCAGAGCCUCCGUCCCGGCCACGUUGGCCCCCCCACGCGUCGGGGCCACCAGGGGUCAGCUUCGGCAGCAGGGGCCCUGGGUGGCCAGGUGGCUGCCGACAGGGCAGGCUCUCCUCCUGCACGUCCGCCUGCCCCGCCGAGCUGCCACCUGGAGGCUUAGCCACAGCAGAAGGCCCGUUCAGCACGAUGACAGGAAGUGCGGUUGUGGUCUGCGCUGCGGGCAGCCGCGGCGCCUGCGGCACACCUGGUGACAGGGUCCCCCGUCGGAGGGUGGCCGGGCUCGGAGCCCAACAGGGCUUCCCCGUGGGCCCGCCGACCCAGAGGGACCAGGGUGUCCACCUGCCUGGUACCCUGAGCCCAAGGCGCCCGUCCCGUCCCCCUGCACUGCCCACGCCUGCUCCUGCAGGGCCUUGGCCAAGCCACACGCGUCCCAUUGUGCCCAGUGGUCCUCCAGCGAGCCCCACCCCUACGCGGUCUGCCCGCCCUCGUCCACCUGCCGAUGGGGAGGGGCGGUACGGAGGCUCAAGGCGGAGCUUCCAGGUUCUCAGUCUCAGGCCAGGGCUACCCAGGCAGCCAAGGAGCAGCGGGUGGCGCCCACUCGGCGGCUGCUACCCCCUUCCCUCUGUGCCCCGGGACCCUGGCGCUCCCCCUCAGGCCCCCGGGCAGCCGGGCCCCCCCCCGCACAGACACCUCCUCAGGCUUAAAUCUCAGGCUUCUCAUUGCAAUGACAAUUGCAGCUUUAUUUUUAGAGAGAGGACACACCUCCUGCUUCUUUUAUAGGAGAAACCCUAAUUACUAUUUAACAGUGGAAUAUACCUGCACAAAAAUGGCUUCUGUAGGGGGGAGGGGACUUCUGUAUUGAGAUUAUUUUUAUUUUCUAAAUGCUGUAAUUCGAAACCAUUUCCAUAAAUCUAUUUACG